AUUUUUCAAUUAUUUUCAAUCAUAUAUAAAAUUUUAUUAUGUAGGUAUAACAAAAGUAUGUACUAUAUAACUUUAGAUUUGUUUUGUAACUAUAUUGAAAUAUAAGUAUGUUAACCCUUUUGUUAAUGUAAUAUUUUAGUUAUAUUAUUAUCAUAUUAUAUUAUUUUAUUAAAUCAAUUUUAUAUAAUAAUAUUUAUAUAUUAUUUAUAUAUAUAAAUUUUGAUUAUUUUAUUAUAUAUCAAAUUAUUUGAAAUUGUUUAAACGAUUAUAAAAUAGUAUUUGGCGGAUCUGCUAGGCUCCUGUAGUCAAUUUGUUGCAAAACUGUAUUAAUAAAAUAUAUAUACAGUUAAAAAUAAAGAGGUCACAUAUUUUCGAUUCGAUUUCAAUUGUAGUUCAAUCGAUAAUAUGAUACGAUAUAUUUUGAAUUAUAUUUGCCGCGUUUUCGUUACCAAAAACUUGUAGCAGAAAGUUUUGCCUGCAGAAAAUAUAUUCUCGACAAAACUCUUAUCAAAACAAGUAGCAAGAAGUAUGCCACACAUUAUACAUUCAAAACAAAAUUGACAUUAUUGAUUAUUGAUUACAGUCUAUUAUUAUUAAUACUUCGUAAAAAAUAAAUAUAAACAGUUUCUCAUCGAUAAGUUCCGUUUCCGUUGACAAUUUGAAGGACUACGGAUGACGAAUGGUUGAGAUCAUAUAUACAAACGAAGAUACGAACAGUAAAAAUCUUGCAUCAUAUAAGGGCGCAACAAGAUGUCAACAAAAGUUAUUACAUUUUUUAUUAUAGUUGUAGGUGACAAGGAUAAAUUAAAACAUUAUGUCCACCUAAUGAAAGAGAUCAUAUCUGAUGAUCUAGAAGGAUAUAUAAAUGAUGUUCAUUAUACACCAUGUAAUCUAUAUCAAAUACAGAAAUAUUUAGAAUCUUUAUGCGAUGCAAAUAAAGCAAACAUUGUUAUAAUCAUUGGUGAGCAUACGAAGUGUAAAUCUGCAGAAGAAAAUAUUGUGUGUAUGGCAACUAAAGUAGCUAUUAAUCAUUGUAAAAUUAUUUAUAAAGAUAUAACACCAGAUAUAUUAGAACUAGAAGUUCAAUUAAGGGACGUACUUUCUCAAGCUGUAUGUGGAAUACGAAAUAAUACAUUUAUUCUUAAUAUGUUUGGCAUGUGUUUAAUGGCAACAAUGUGUUUAAGAACACACAAAGAAAAAAUAUUGCAAAUUGCACAAAAAAUAAUGCAGGUUAACACAAUUAAUUCUAAUAAAUCUUCUGCAUGCAAUAUACCUAGCUUGUCUCUGGAAAAAAUCGAUUGGCUAAUAAAUGCAUAUAAAAUAACUUCAUCUUCUACAGUUACUGUACCACAAGCAAUACUUACAAUAGGUAGUAUAGUAGCUAGAGAACUCAGACAUCACAGAAAGAGCCUAAUAAUUCCUGAAUAUGUGAGUGUACAUGAUGCUUAUGGCAAAAUAUUAUUCGAAAACAUAUAUUCCAAAUGUAACGUGCCAUCAGUUAGAGUUUCUGCUAAACAGGGAUUUGCAAUAAUAGUAAAUGAUGAAAAAAAAACAAAGAAGAUAUUAGAACCAGGAAUUACAUCGAUACAACCUGGCACAUGUGUAAUGGUAAACAUUGGAGCACCUAUUCCCGAUAGAGCAACAGCAGUAAUAGAAAUUAAGAAUACAAAAAAAGUAAUUAAAAAAUAUGAUAAUACUGAUAAUAAAGAAUAUUGCGAGCAAGAAGAAAUCGAAAUACUAAGUCAUCCAAAAGAAGAAGAAAAUAUUAAACCUAUUGGUUGCGAGGUAAAGAUAGAAGAACCAAUUUUGAAUAAAAAUACGUGUAUUGGGGCAGCGGACAUAGGAAUAUUGACAUGUUGUGGUAUUGAUAAAGUUGCAGUCAUUAAACAUCAGUCUAUAGGUAUAUUGUCCAUUGGAGAUGAGUUAGAAAAACCUGGCAGGAUUUUAAAACCAGGACACAUUUAUGAUAGCAGCAAAUUAAUUCUAAUCACAUUAUUAAAACAACAUGGUUUCAAUGCUUUGAAUUUAGGAAUUGCGAAAGAUAACAUAAUAAGCAUAAUAGGCAAACUCGAAGAAAUUUUAGAAAAAGUGAAUAUAAUUGUGAUAAUAGGUGCUGCGAAAGAUAAAGAUUUAUUGAAGCCCAUUUUACGAGGACAUUUCAAUGCCGUGUUACAUUUUGGUGCCGUAAAUAUGAAACCAGGAAGAUCGACAACAUAUGCAACAUGCACAUUUAACUCCACAACGAAACAUUUUUUAUGUUUAUCAAAAAACUCGGCGAUUGUUCCCAUUGCUGCGCAUUUAUUUUUGUUACCUCUUCUUAAUGUUUCACGCUGCUUUCACAAAGAAUGGCCCUUAGUGGUAUCUCGUAUACAAUUAGCACCCGAACUGUAUUCGCGUCCUAAAUAUGUUUGGACGUCUUUAAAAUGGAACAAGGAAAAUACAUACCCCUGGAUUCACAACAUAUCAAAUCACUAUAACCAUAACACUAAUGCACUUUUAAGAUUGCCAUCUCGAACAAUGGAAAUGUCAAAGUUAUUACCUGAUGCAUUUAUAACAACGAUAUUUGUUGGCUCAAGAUAAUUCUGCCAAGAUAUUUUUCAUUAAAUUCACUAGCGAGAGUUUGCGCAUAUUUUACAAUAAUGGAUAUAUUUUUUUAAAGCUUAAAUAGAAUUAUUAUUAUUAUUAUUAUUAAAGUAAUAUAUAUUAUUUAUUUUAUUUCUAAUAAUUUUAAUUUGUACGAGAAAAUGUUAUUACUUUAAAAUAAUUUAUAUUUUAAAAGUUAUUAUGUAUAUUUUUAUAUUUUUACUAAUAAAAAUUAGUUUCUAGAAAAAAUACAAAAUUUCACAGAGAAAAAAAUAAU